AUGCUGGCGACGACGCGGCGACUUGCGGGCCACUGCAGAGCGCAACUCGUGGCGCCAGGAGCGCGUUCGCUCGCAGCUAAGAGCAAGGGCGGUGCUGCUGCAGUCGAAGAGGUCGUGGACCUGACCAAAGUCGUGCCUACGAACAUCCUCAAGGACGGCACGCACCCGACUCUGCUGGCCAAAAGCGAGUACCCCGAGUGGCUCUUCACGCUGCUGGACCCGAAGCCCACCCUUGGUGAACUGGAGCGUACCAGCUUUGACAGUCUGGAGAUGGAGGACCAGCACCGCUACCUCGUGCUGCUGAACCGUCGGGGGGUGAAGGCAACGAACGCUGACAAGGCCAAGAAGUAG